AUGGGGAGGAGGGGCUGUUCCGGACAAGCCUGGGGAAUCCUGCACCUCUACCAGGAGGUCCUACUUCAGAUGGACUUCAUCCACAUCGCUCAGUUCCUCACCCGCCUGCCUGAGGACAUGGCCACUGACAACCUGUUCAGCUGCAUCACUGCAACACACAUGAUCAGCAGCAAUCGCAAGUGUAGCCAGGUCAGUUGUGUGUUGAGUUGAUCUGUGCUGAGACGGGGGUAGCAGUGCUCUUCAAUGGCUUCCUUUGCCCUUCAUCUUUCACUGAUGAACCUAUAGGGGAGAAGACAGCUGGGUAGUUCUUUACCAUUUAGCAUCUAUUUUUAAAGAUCACUGUUUUUUGCGGAGGAGAUGAGGAGAGGGGAGCUUUUAUGUUUGAGUUUUUUGGUGUGUUUUUGUAUCAACAGUGCCUUCUGCUGGACUUGUGUAGAACUACCAUAUGCUUAUUUUAUUUUACAUGUACAUCUUUCCUUUAGGUCUUCUCUGCAUUGAUGAAGGAUGGCAAUAAGGAAAUUGUCAACCACAGUCCAGCUCUAAGAAGCUAA